CGUUUUUCCGGCGACAUAUUGGCCAUCGCUUGCUCACCUGAGUCUGCUUCAGUUGCCCGCAGUUUGGUUUUGUGGUUCUUCGUUGAAGGAGAAGAGGGUAAAAGCGUUUCAUCCGCUGUUGGUUAUAUGGCCUGCCUGUCGUUACCACGUCUUUGGACAUUGGUUUCGCAACGCUGUAAUAAUUUCCUUCUCCCAGUCUCAGACUUCCGGACGUGUGAGAGUGUACGGAGAGCUCUCCAAAAGCUUCCGCACACAAAGCGGUGUCCGUCAGGGAUGCCCACUCUCUCCAUUCCUGUUUAACUUCAUGGUCGAUGAAAUCACGAGACGAACGCUGGAAAAUCUCCAAAACCCUGGUGUUCAAAUAGCCUGUGACGAAAGCCUUGUCGAUCUGGAAUAUUCAGACGACAUCGUUUCCAUUUUCAAAGAGAAGGAGAAGGCGCGUGAGUUCUUGGAUGAACUGACCAAAGUCAUCCCGUCCUUUGGCUCUUCUCGUUCGUCUUGCUUCAAGUUUGUCGUCGAUGGAUUCUUUCUGGGCCUCAUUCGACAUGACGCUCUAAGUACUUUGUUGUCGUACCCUGAGGUCUUCGUGUGGACCUCAGAUCCAAUCACCGGGGAACGGUGCAUUACUCUUCAUCCUUCUCUUAACACUCCAUAUGAGCGCACAAAUGCCGUUUCUGAUGCCAUGCUAGAUCUCCGUUCGACCGGCACUGUUCCAGCUUUGAAAGGAUGGAGGAACGAAGAUUAUGGAGUUUAUGCGCACAAUCGUGGAAAGACCCUUUUCUGCAUUGAACGCUCAGCUUCUGCGCUUCUGGGGAUAACACGUUACGGUUGUCAUAUAAACGGAUUCGUUGUACUUCCGGAAACAGUGAAUGGUAUCGAUCAGAUAUCCACACAUGAGAAGCUGCAGUUGAAAGACAGUUUUGGCCAAAUAGAUGCUUCGCGUGUGAUGAUGUGGCUGGGUGUCCGUUCUUCCAGCAAACCCACGUGGCCUGGAAUGUUGGACAAUAUGGCAGCUGGAGGGUUAACCUUUGGGUUAGAUCCAAUGGAGUGUGCACGUAAGGAAUGCCAGGAAGAAGCAAGUGUGCCUGAAGCACUGCUGGGACCGUUGACUCCAGUGAGUCGCUUAAGCUACAUUUUUGAGGAUGACCGUGGUGUUUGUCCACAAGUUGAAUAUUGCUUUGAUCUGGAGCUACCCUGUGAUUUCGUACCGGUUAGUGCAGAUGGUGAAGUUGACAGCUUCCGGCUGGUUAGCAUUUCUCAGGUUAAAGAACUAAUUCUCAGUGAGCAAUUCAAGGCAAACUCUGCCAUGGUUGUCUUGGACUUUCUCUACCGUCACAAGUUCAUUGACCCAGAAUCGGAUCCGCUUCAUAAAGAUAUAAUCUCGUUGAUGCACGUCAAAUUCGACUUCGACUGA